AUGGCAGAAGAAGCUCCCGCAGCCGCACCGGCCAAAGCCCCGGCCAAGGCCCCGGCAAAGGCCCCCAAGAAGAAGGCCGCCGCCCCCAAGGCAAAGGCGGACGGACCCAGCCUCCCCAAGCUGGUGGUGGCCGCCGUGGCCGAGUCCAAGGAGCGGAAGGGCAUGUCUCUGGCGGCGCUGAAGAAGGUGCUGGCCGCGAAGGGCGUGGACGUGACCAAGGCCAACAAGCGGAUCAACACCGCCGUCACCAAGCUGGUCACCAAAGGCACCCUGAGCCAGACCAAGGGCACCGGGGCCUCCGGCUCCUUCAAGCUGGCCAAGGAGCCCAAAGCCGCCAAGCCCGUCAAGAAGGUGGUGAAGAAGAAGGCUCCCGCCAAAGCCAAGAAGCCCGUUGCCGCCGCCAAGAAGGCGACCCCCAAGAAGGCUGCCCCCAAGAAGGCCGCCCCCAAGAAGUCCCCCAAGAAGGCUCCAGCCAAGAAACCGGCCAAAAAGGUGGUCAAGAAGAGCCCCAAGAAGGCCCCCGCCAAGAAGCCCAAAGCGGCCGCAAAGAAGCCGGCAGCAAAGAAAACUGCCGCCAAGAAACCGGCAGCCAAGAAGGCCAAGAAGUAA